AUGUCUGAUCCUAGUUCAAUCAACGGUAUGUAUUGGGGAGAUGUUGCCACUGGGGACGGUCAAAGACAGAUUGCCUUUGAACAAGCCAGUCGGCUCGAUUUCACGCAGUAA